GAGGAGCCACAUUCACCUCACAGCUCAGAGCUUCUGUUGAUCUCAACAGGCUGCAGAGGACGAGUCAAACAUGAUGUACGGACUGUGUUUAAGGGUGUCUUGGAUCUGUCUGCUGCUGUUCAGCAGUGGUGCUUGUUUUCCUGCAACAAAAGGAGACUACAGGUAUCCCUACACCUGGAGCUCUGGUGGUGGUUCAGCUCCUGGAUCGAACCUUCAGUCCGGAGGCUCACGCCCUCCUCUGGUGAACCUGCAGUAUGAACCAUCUGUUAGUUAUCAGCAGCCUCAGGCAGCCCCCCAGCAGGCCAGCUCCUCCACUGGAAACCGGUCCCCAUCCAGUGUGGGAGCUCCCAGUGCAUCUGCAGCCUCUUCACCAAGUUAUGGGAAGAAGACUCCCAGCUUCUCUGUGCAGCCUCAGUCUGCUGCUGGCACCAGUGGAAACGUCAACAUGGGCUCAGGUGGGGCGGCAUCUGGUCCAGUGUACGGGGCUGCUCCAGCAUACCCUGCUGCUGGGUACAUGGACUUUGGUGACGGACCUGUUCCUUACAUCGGUGCUCCUGCAGCCUCCAGCUCUGCCGGCUCUUAUGCUUACGGUGCUCCUGCAGCCUCCAGCUCUGCCGGCUCUUAUGCUUACGGUGCUCCUGCAGCCUCCAGCUCUGCCGGCUCUUAUGCUUAUGGUGCUCCUGUAGCCUACAACUCAGGUGGUGGUGGUGACUCUUCUCCUGGCCUUCCUUGGUCCAUGCAGCCUGCAGGGGGAGCCGACUCCUCAUUCUCCGACCCCAGCAACUGGAUGCCAUCUCGUGAUUUCCCAGACUUGAGUGUCUGGGACUCCAGUGCCGAGAUGCCGCAGAGCAUGAGUGAGACUUCCCCUCUGCCCCCUCUACCGCCUUCAUCCUACAUCAUCCAGUCCAGAAAUGGCUACCAGCGAGCACAAGAGUUCCUUUCCCACACUAAAUACUCCCCAGAGUACCCUGAACCACCAGUCUUUGCUGCUGAGACUGAAGCACCAGGCAUGUCUCCACCAGAGGCUGGGCCCAAAGGAGGAAAGAAGGUUUAAGAGGUAACUUGGCAAAACUUCAGCCUUCCAGAACUGUUUGAAAAAUAAAAAUUUAACAUGAAAC